GCGGCCGGCUCCUUGAGCAAAAUUAUAGAGGAUAACGUAGAAGUCAUCAGAAAGGUGGCUUCCACCUCCAAGAACCUGAAGGGUGGUUAUGUGAGGGCCCUAAAGGACGCUGCUGAGGGGAUAAUCAAAGUGACAAAAGCCCUGAAAAACAGGUGCACCACGGACGAGACAAAAGGUCUGCAGGCGGCUAAUGGUCACCUGCAAGCGGAGGUGGAACAGUUGCGCAAGGAGGUCGCUGAGAUGAAACAGUGCCUCCAAGUGCCGAAUGCCAGGCCGGAACCACCGAGAAGCGACAACGAGGACCUUGUGCGCACCAUUCUGUGUCAGGUGGGCACAAUGGUGAACGCGAGAUUCGAGGCAUUAGAGGAUCGCCUCCUUCCGGAAAAGCGCAUCCGUCCCCCCCUUGCGGCUGACACCAGGCCCGAGUCCAUAGGUCAACGCGCACCGGAAGUCCCAAGUCUGGAAAAGCGCGGGCAAACCUCGGGCAACGCCUCGCGCCAAGCCCCAGGCAAAGCCCCAGAAAAAGCCUCGAAGAAACCCUCUAAGGGUAAGACGGCGGAGCCUCAGGCCCAGCCUCAACCAACGGUGGCAGAGCCUGUAGCCCAGCAGGAGCAGCGUACCACAGAACUGCCCUGGAGCACGGUGGUUAAAAAAGGGCUGAAGCAGAAGGAGACGAACAGGUCACGUGUGUUCAAGAACACGGAUAGAAGAAGAGCGCCCAGGGCGCCAACAGUGUCAUCGCCAAAAACCGCUGCGGUAGUGGUUGCACUCACGCCGGAGGCCGUUGCGAGGGGCCUCACGUACGACGCAGUAAUCGCGGAGGCUAAAGCCAAAAUAAAACUGCAGGACGUGGGGAUAACGACUGGUGUGCGUUUCCGAGUGUGUGCCACUGGAGCAAGGCGGUUCGAGGUCAUUGGUGAGGACAAUGGCCCACAGGCCGACGCACUUGCGGAAAGAAUGACGCAAAUUUUCAGUAGGGACAUGGUCCGCAUCUCGAGACCGGUCAAGUCGACGGAGAUUAAGGUGUCCGGCCUGGACGACUCGACGACCGUCGAGGAAGUGCUGGCGGCGGUUGCCGAAGCGGGAGGCUGCCCUACAGACACUCUCAAAUGCAGCGGAGUCGUCAGGGAUCGAUUUGGUGUUGGACAUGCCUGGGUGCAAUGCUCAGUGACGACGGCAAAGCGGGUUGCGGACGCAGGUCGACUGACAAUGUCUUGGGUGUCGGCUAAUAUCAAGCUGCUAGCGCCCCGGCCACUGCGUUGUUACCGAUGCCUGCAGAAGGGGCACGUCAGAGCGCAAUGCAACUCGGAAGUGGAUCGGAGCAUGCUUUGUUUCCGUUGUGGUUUGGAGGGCCACAAAUUCAAAGAGUGUUCGGCUAAGCCGCACUGCGCGAUAUGCGCUGCGGCCAAGAAACCGACGAACCACCAACUGGGAGGUAAGGGUUGUUCCGCACCAGCCCCAAAGAUCACCAGAGGAACAAGCGUCCCACAGCCACGACCAGCACAACAAGUGUCAGUGGAGAUCUCUAUGGAGACUGAAGACAUAGGCUAUAGAGAUGGCGGUCCAAGUUCUACAGGCCAAUAUUAA